GAAUCCAUCAGCUGAGAGGCUGCGUCGAAGCUGCGGGUGCUGUUGAGUGUUUUUUUUUCUCGGUGAUGGUGGUGGCGGCGGUGGUGGUGUAGACGAAAGCUGAGUGAGUUACGGCUGCUUCGAGUAUUCGUUGGAGACUUCGAUCGGAUUCGCGGUGCGCUGCGAUGAUUUCUUGGAGUCGGUCGCAACUCUGCUCUACGCAGCUCUCAUUCUGACUGAGUUUGAAAUUCAUCAGGGGACAUGGAAGACCCCGAAGAACAGGAGAAGCAGUUCCAUAACGCAGUUCGCGAAUACACUCUCGGGUUGCUGUUCUUCCUGCUUCUCUAUAUGAUCAGCUAUUACAUCAUAGACUUUUUCCGCAAGAAGAAAGAGUCGUACUACGAGAACGACGCUCAAGAUGCUCUGGUCUACAAGAUAUCGUUGUACAUGUGCAGCUUCAGUCUGGCCACAUCAACGGGAGCGGCUCUGCUGCUACCGUUAUCGAUCAUCAGCAACGAAGUCAAAUUGUUAUGUCCCACAAGUUUCUACUGGGAAUGGCUGAACAGCUCCCUCGUGCAAGGACUCUGGAAUGCGAUUUUCCUCUGCAGUAAUACAUCUCUGUUUGGCUUGUUGCCGUUCGCGUAUCUGUUCACUGAAUCCGAAGGCCUCCCGGGCUCGAAGAGAGGCGUCCUCUCGCGAGUGUACGAGAGUGUACUUGUCUUGACGCUCACAAUCACCAUAUUGAUCGGGAUGGUCUCUGUCAUUUCAAUGGUCAUCGACUCAACCUACUCCAUGGACUUCUUCGGUUGUCUCCUCCUAUUGAUAUGCACGCCCUUGGGUUUCGCUCGUCUCUUCACCGUCAUGUCGGAGUGGAUCAUGAAGCCUGCAUUUCUGCGCGACGUCGACGAAGAAUAUCAGGAAGCUCUACUCGAGGAGCAGCAUUUGAAAUGGAAACUCGACGGGCUUGCCAAGAACGCCGCCUUGGCACUCAUGGCGUCGAACGGCUUAGACGUCUUAGCCGAAAGACACCGAAUAGCCGCUCAACGCCUCUCUGAACUCGAGAAUCAACGCAGGAAAUCCAUUCUGAGAACGAUUAUCUACCCCGUAGCGAUGGCACUACUGCUCGUUCUCACCGUCUACUCGUUCCUGCUCGUGCUACGGAACAUCUUCGAACUACUUUUCGGCAUGAAGACGCUGCCCAUCGUGAUCCAAGACACAGUACCGGCCCUGGGCAUCAACUCACUAUCGAGUCUGGGGACUGUCGGAUGCGCUCUCGAAAUCAUCCUCAUCCUGUAUCUAUGGGGAGCAUCGCUCGUGGGCUUCUACUCUAAUCUGACGUCUCUCACGCCACGGCGAAGCUCGUGCCCGCUCAUGAACGUCAUCAUAAACUGUGCGGUGUUCUCUAUUCUGAGUUCGGCGCUACCAUUGCUCUCACGAGUGAUCGGACUGACAGAUUUCGAUUUGCUCGGCAACUUCGGGAAAGUUCGCUGGCUGGGAAACUUCACUAUUGUACUAGGGUAUAACUUGGUGUUCGCCGGCUUCACUUUGGGCUGUCUCAUGACGAAAUUCACCGCAGCCACUCGCCGCGAGUUGAUGAAUCGAAUGAAAACGUUGUUUGCGCCUCUGACUCGAUUCCAACUUUCAAUGAUCUCUGGUUACCUCCUCGCUCAUUGUCCUAAAAUGACUCGUUAGUCCAAUAUUGUUCACAGCUCCCGAGCAGGAGGUCAACUUUGCAACGAAAACGUAACGUGGCUGUUCCACGACACCUUCCGCUGCCCCAACGGUGAUUACGUAUCUGAUAGAACUC